CCAUUCUCUUCAAGAAACGUCUUUAUCACAGAAUGCUGUCUUAUGGCAGCUCGUCCUCGAUACAUCCCAUUGCGUCUUUACAACGUUGAGACACAGUAUGAUGGCACAAGAUCAAUGUUUAUGAGUGCAAACUGGGGACUCAUUGCAGAUAUUGAUCUUGGCAGUGAACGUUUUCGAUGGGCAGGAAUGAUACGACUACACAUAGAGGCUGUCCUAAGAAUAGCAGAGUUACCUCGUGUGGCGACAUACAGAGCUCGCAUCUCCUAUAUUCCCGCUCAGUGUAAAGCUACGUCAAGGAAUACUAUGUUGAGGUUUAACUGCGACAGGAAACUGUUUGAUCAACCGCUUGGUGAUAGUUGGCAGACUGUAGAAGGCAAUUUUGUUAUGGCAAACGUCUCCACUCUCAGUCAUCUAGGAUCUGAUAUCCCAUUUCUUCCUUCGGCUCGCUUGGACGAACCGACUAUGUACUUGACGCUUAUUGACUGGAACACUAUAAAAACGCGAUUUCAUGUUGCCCACUUAUUUGUAUUUAUGGAGAGCAGUCAACAUUUAGCCCAUCCAUGCAUGCAGGUGCCAACUCAUAUCUUUCUUGUAGUAAGGAGGUGA